GGAGGUAAUCAGCAGGAGGAGAAACCUCUUCGACUGGAAGAAGGAUGCAAACAUCAGAACCGAACGCUGGCAUAUUGUAAGUGGUUCGCUGCUAAUCCCCAUAAGUUUGAUCCCUAUAAUUUUGAUGGCUUUCUCUUUGCCACUACAAUCAGCAAUUUCGGUGCAGCAACCUUCGAGAAACCUGUGAAUCAGCACGGGUUGCAGCAACAUGCAAAUCGCUGUGGCGUGGGUUCCUGGUUAAGCUAUGUGUUAUCGGUCGAAGCAUGGCGCUAUAACGGCCUGGUCAUUUACCGCUGCCUCCUUCUCUUUCUCCUCUUAUUUGCACAUAUUCCAGGUUUGGUUACGGCCCAACUUCCUUCCAGUAUGACGUCGAAAUCUGUCGGAUUUAAUAAAAUCGACUACUCGGAACCAUUUCACAAUAAGCACGCUUUCAGAAGAAUGCGGGUUAAAAAGAAAUUUAGAGAUCGGCAUCCCUGGACGCCAGAUUUAAUCACAUAUGUCUGUGAGGAGCUUACAGAUCCCUGUGUACGGGCGUCAUUUUUACGGCGACAUGUUGAGCAUGAAAUUUGUUUCGAUACACCCCCAUUAUACCUCCUUCCCCAUAUUGAUGGCCCAAAUAAUGCGGUAGGAAGUGGCUAUCAGUCGCCGCCGUCGUCUUCCCAGCUAUGUGAUACGAAAGAGGUGGGUGUGCGCCGUUCUGAUGGACUUUAUCGAAAGUACCUCGAGACACCGGAACGUUGUCGACAAAGUCUCGAGGCUUUGGAUGCCAAAAUACGCUCUACGCUCAAUCAAGAUUUGAAUAACUUUCUGGAUAUACUUAAACGCUCAUUCUGUAUUCUUGCCAACAGCACGGAUGAUACCAUGCAGGAGGAGUGUGAACAAUGUCGGGUAUGUUAUCACCUUUUGUAUUUAAUCAUUACAUAG